AUGUCAAGCGACUACGAGAGUGAGGAAAGCGUGACAAGUGUCGACGGGUUUGAGAUUCUCGAUGGCAUCAUCGAGAAGUUCUGCACCCUCCCAAGGAGCCGCUCAAAUGUCCGUUUUGGUCAUUUGACGGUGCCAGCGUAUUUCACUACGAAACACAACAUCGUGGACCUUCUGAGCUCGUCUAUACACGAAGCAACAGAGUCUACACAGAUCUUUGUUCUGUCGCGCAAGGAGCAUCGACUUUUUUCCUCCUUCCGAUUUGAACAUCUGCCAUUACGAUUACAUGAGCGCGAACAGACACUCGAUCAUGCGGAGCUCUGUACCGUUUUGGAAGAAUGUCGGUAUGAUCCUGACAGUCCCGAAGAAACCGAUAUCUGGUGGGAAGGAAAUGAGGACGACUGGAUUAGGGAGCAAUUCCUGCCCAGAGAAGUAUUCAUUGCCUUUUCACUGGAUCCUUGGAUGUCUGCUGCUUGCGCCCUCGCCCUUACCGGACUUGUUCAGUGGGCUUGCGACGUAGCCAAGAGUGAUGGUGCGAAUAUCCGGGUGUUGACGUUCUCAAACUUCUUUGGGAACAGUUUGCUAUCGGAGCUCGUCAGCCUUCGCUCUCAACAACCUGUUGAGCACUUUGAGUUGCCUAUCCCAACUCGAUUCAACCUCAUUCCCGACGCAGCUAUCGACUUAACACAUGAGGAUCAUGUAUACUCAACCAUUCAAGCCCGAAUGUCACCUCUGAACGCCGAAUCGAAGAAUGCCGUCCUGGUAGUGCCUCCGAUCAACAGAGAAGACUUGUUCCCGGGGUUACGAUUAGCGCACAAUGUGCGUUACCAGUACCUGUUGAUCAAAGACGUCCUUGAUAGUGGUGACUCUAUGUCUUGGAACCUCACCAACCACGCUCCUGGCUUCGGGAGAACGGUCACCGUCAUUCAGGUCGACUUGGAGCACCCAAUCCCUGACGUUCUCACUGGCUUCGAACGUGUCCACGUCGUUCUCGUUAAAAGCUGCAUGAGGACUGUCUUUGACGAGGACACCAAACAAGUCGUCAAGACUGAACUCUCGAUCACUCAGAGUGAGCUUGAUGGGCUACAAUGGUGGUGCUUCCAAUUGAACAAUCGAUUCCCUCAUAUCCGUGUCUACGCCGGAAGUGAGGGUCUCAGAGCAAACGAAGAUGCCGCUAUUUACAGACCUCUUCAUAUCAUGAAUGACCAUGCUGGUGCUUUUAUCAGUGGCGUCUAUGGCAUGUCUAGCUGGGGUAUUGAUGUUGACCGAGUCGUGGGGUGCUUCAUCAAGUCAAAUGCGAUCAUUUCACAGGUGACGAGCCUUUUGCGAAAGGAGGGUCUCAUCCAUGGACAUCUUCCCAGGCUUGCAUUUACGGGCUCUGAGGAGGCUACAUACCGAGUUGUACUACGCGCCACUCGCUACGACCAUCGCAUCGCGCAUUUCUAUGCAUUGCCCUCGUCAGAUGCCAAGGUCCGGUUGCUCAAAGCACAGCUGGCAGUUGUCCUGACCGUGUCCAAGGACUGGACUGUGGAGAUUGAUCCCGAAAACGACUUCGGUGCUGAUGUUCCGGUCUUUGGCUGGGGAUCGAAUCUCUGUAAUCUUGGAGAUCUCUGGCAAGUUCUUGGAAUGUGGAAAGUCAUUGCUGUGAACUGGAAAGACUUUGGAAGCAUUCCCGUUCGUCAGGAAUCGGUGUGGGAUGCGACUGGCUAUCUGACACUACCCAUAGGCGCCGCUCUUCACUUUUACGGCACGAAUCGUGACCUAGAAAAGGCUCUGUAUGAUGCAGAUAUCUGCAUCGGGCUGCCUCACCAUCACAUCAAGGAUGAGACUGAGAGUCUGAACAAUGAUCACAUGCGGGAGGUGUUGCAACAUUUGUUGCGCGCUUUCCAGCAUCAACUCAUUUCCACUCGUCUCGCUGUUGUCGAUGGCGAGGAACAUCUGAAGCACACUGUUGUUUCAAGUGGGAAAAGUGUUGAACUGAGGAGGAAGAGGGCCGUAUCUCCUCUUCCUGACGCAAUCUUCACGGACCUGGAGAGAAACGGUGUUAUUUAUGGCAUAUGCACAGAGUUCAUCAAGGAGGAAGACUCCCUGGUGGCCAUGAACUGGACAUGUAUUCCUCAUGAUCUGGUCGCGGAGUACAUUUGA